AUGUGUAUAAGAGACAGACUGCAGGCUGUGCUGAACGUAUUGUCUGUACUGCAGGCUGUGCUGAACGUGUUGUCUGUACUGCAGGCUGUGCUGAACAUGUUGUCUGUACUGCAGGCUGUGCUGAACGUAUUGCUGUGCAAGAAGGCCGACCACACGCCGGAUAAAUGCGAGGAGGCCGACGACCAGAAGAAUGCCAGGACGCACCUCGAGAACGAGAUGUCCGAGGCUUUGGUCAGAGAGUGUCCCAAAUGCCACAAGAGGUUCGUGAAGGAGUCAGGCUGCAACAAGAUGACGUGUUCCUGCGGGAACAAAAUGUGCUAUAUCUGCAGGCAGUCCAUCGUCGACUACAACCACUUCCACAACGGCACGUGUGAAUUGCACACAAAUGACCUGGAGGCCCUUCAUCGAAGUGAAGUGAUGCGCAGAGCUGCAGAAGUGAAAGAGAACAUCGAUACGAACCUGCUCCUCCACGACCCCUCUAUGUCGUAGACCAGCACUGGGCUGGGGUCUGACCCAUCCAUGUCGUAGAGCAGCUCCGGGCUGGGGUCUGACCCCUCCUUAUAUAUCGUGUAUCAGCCCCGGGUUGCGGUCUGUCUUCUUCCCCAUGGAGACGCCCUGAUCCCGCAACACACUUCGUAUAAUAGCACACUCAUAUAUAUGAAUGGGUUAUAUCGCUCAAAUAGUGACACACUUUCUUCCCACAGCUCUAGCGGACGUAGUUCUAUCGCGUCACACUGGGUCAGGAUUGCCCACACAAGAAAAAAAUUUCAUUGCUAUUUGAACCAAGUCUCGCUUAUUGCCUUGAGUGUAUAAUAUUCUGUUACUCAUGAACUUACUGGACUUUGAGGUCAAUAUGGACAUUAAAUAUAUUCUUAAGACAGACUACUAUUUUUCUGCGACUUACUAAACGUUAGUUCUAGCCUCGAUUUGUCAGGUUCUGUAGCGUCACUCAGAGAUAUAAGUGGAGACUUUUUUAAAGCGCAUGACAAUAAAGUGUUGCGUGCCAGAGCAUCAGGAGCUAUCGUUGUGUUUACAGCCCCGUCUGCAGGCUGCUGCGGGCUUCUCACUUACAAGUCUUUAAUAAUUUUUUUAUGGAGCGCUGAAUAUUCAAAAGGAACAUGUGUCUUUCACUGAAAGAAUAAACAUUCCUAUCCGCAUUUUUCGCAACAGCUAUGCAUUAGUCUUAUUUCUAUUUCAUACAUUUUUAAAUCCGUAUUUUUACCUUUUUACGUUUUAUUUUUUGCUUAACCACAAGUCUUGCUGACACAAAUGCCUCGUGUCUUCUGUUUUUCCCUUGAAUUUUCGUCUAAGGCCAUGUUUUAUUUUUAGUUUGGCUAGUCAACCUUUAUUUGAUUUAUAUUAUUAGAGGAUUUGAGAGUACUAUUAUUAAGGAUUGUUUAUUGCAAUAUGACAAAUAUUGUUGGAUUUUAAUGUGAGUUCGUCUAUUUGGAAAUGCUGGAUUAACCUGAGAUACGGCAACUGGCGCUGAGAUCGUGAUAUUUUACUCAUCUCUCAAGUUAAGGGGAAUAUAGUUUAUUUUGCAUUCUAGGAAUAUCAUUUCAAUUUCAGAAUUUGAAAGAAUAAUCAGUGGUUACUAAAAUUUAUAAUUCUUAGUCUCGCGUUCUGAAUCGUUGAACAUUCGCAAUUGAGCAACGGAUUGUGACUGACCGUGAUAGCUAAGUUUGUUUGAUACAACGAAUAAUGAAAAGCGGUUACUCCAACAAAAUGCGUCCUGAUGUUAACUCUGAAGGUUAUUUGAUAACAUUUUCCUUCGAACCCACAUUGAGAAGGAAAUUUUUGCAAUAUGGCGUCCCUAAGUCGUUGUGCAUGAUAGCUGCUGAUGUGUCGGCACCUCAUAUCUGCUGAUGUGUCGGCACCUCAUAGCUGCUGAUGUGUCGGCACCUCAUAUCUGCUGAUGUGUCGGCACCUCAUAGCUGCUGAUGUGUCGGCACCUCAUAGCUGCUUAUGUGUCGGCACCUCGUAGCUGCUGAUGUGUCGGCACCUCAUAGCUGCUGAUGUGUCGGCACCUCAUAACUGCUGAUGUGUCGGCACCUCAUAACUGCUGAUGUGUCAGCACCUCAUAUCUGCUGAUGUGUCGGCACCUCAUAGCUGCUGAUGUGUAGGGAUCUGUUCGCUGAUGUUAUGAACAUAAACGUUGAUUACGAACCUACGAAGUGCAGCUUUAACAUCCAACAUAACGCAUCAAACAACUAUUUGAAGUGAAGUAUUAAGCUCACGUAGGUCUACGCUCACGCGUAGCACUACGUCGCUAUUAGUUCGCCGUUAAACGCAUUUAUUCAGUUCAUUAUAUAUGUUUGGUGCGAAAAAUAUUAUUUGUUGUCAAUAUUUUCAUUUCGUUUAUAUGGUCGUAUUUACUUGAAAAGCUAUACUCGUUUUUACUAGGCGGUAAAUAUAUUUUCUACGCA